GAGCAGAAGAUCUUAACCAGUGCUGUUAUCUACACUUGUCUAGGUAAAGACAACAAUGGCAAACAUCGUCCCCAAGAGCAAAGCUAAAGGUGUCGAUUUCUGUGGAUCGUCAUACUACUACUAUAUAAUCCGCUCUGAUCUUGGCUGCUAUUUGCAGUCAAGUGAUUUUAGUAAAGGGUCAGAUCUCACUAUAUUCAAUCUGCACCCCUCCUGUCAAAAUGGAGAUCAUUAUCUGGCCAACAAGGAUGGCAACUUUUACAUCAUUAAAGGUAAAUUCUACCGCAAAGUCACUGACCUGUCAAGAGACGACAGUGCUGUAAUUGCCAGCCUUCAUCCUAACUGCCAGGGUGGAGACAACUACCUCGCAGCCUUUGGCUUUUUUUACAUCAUCUUUAAAGAAAGGGGAGUUUACAGAAAAACAUCAGACCUGAGUCUUGACUCAAAUGCUGUAGAAUACAAGCUACAUCCCAAUUGCAGUAAUGGUCUCUAUUACUGGGGUCUGCCAGAUAACUACUACUUUCUCAAGCCAGACUCACAGGGGGGAGUUGAAUACUAUAAAGGUUCCAACUUCAAUAAAGAUCAAUGUGUUGCUGUCUAUUCUGUUCACCCUGAUGUUGUCAACUUUUUGCCUGGCGGGCUGUCAAUAACUAAAGGCCCAACAUUUGGCAGGUGGCAAAAGAUUAAACACAUAAGUAAUAACAGCACCACACCAGUGACACGGAAUGAGAAAGUUACUAAAGAGGUUGGAUACAGUAAAGAGAAGAUGACACGGAUAACACACAACUGGAAGAUGAAUGGGUCAUCAUUGUCACUGGAACCUGGAGAUCUUACAUCACUGAUUACAAAGUACCAGUUCUCCUUAUCUACAGAAUAUGGAGGUUUACGUGUGAACACUGAGAAAGAACGCUGGGACGAAGUGACUAAGGUAGAAGAAGGGCUAACGUUUGAGCUGAAGCCAGGCGAGAGUUUAAAUCUGUGGCAGUACCAACUGGGUUUUUGUGAUGAACCAGUGUUGUUCUGUCGUGAUUUAAAGAUCAAUGAUGUUUCGGAUUCCCCCAACUGAAGUACCAUAUUCACCUAAACAACCAUAAGAAAAAAUACCUUCUCAAGUAAUACUUUACAUAUCUGCAAGAAUUGCUUCAAAGCAGGCAGGGACGAGACUCUGUAACUGUACUAUUUAGUAGAUUUGAUGCAUAAUCCAUUACAGCCAUUUAUAAAACAUUAUGAUAAAAAGAUAAAAAUAAAAAAGAUCAAAACCUUAUUUGAACUGUAAAUCUGACACUUCAAUCUGCUACUUUAUACUGUAUAUCCGUGCAUAGCUGUCUUCAUGCAUAAAUACUGUAACUCUCUUAAUUUUUGUUUGUAAAACUUUGGGGGUUUAAUCUUAUAUGAACUGUCAGCAUUAUAUUAUUCUAAUAUUAAUAUGAACCUUAACUUUUUCUUUUCUUUGUAUCUUACCACAUUUGCAGUCAACAUGAUCUCACAAAGUUCCGUGGGAUAGUCACGGAAUUUUGUGCUCAUUUUUCCGUGGCAUUCUCACGGAUCUCCGCAUUUUUCCGUGGCCCUGCUACGGACUGUCUUUUUCCGUGGCAUUCUCACGGAUUGGUUACUCAACUGCUUUUUCCUAUUUUCAAACCAUUUUCGCUUCGGUUUAGGGUUAGAUUUGGUGUUUGCAUUAGUAUGUCACUUUAACUAUUGGUUUAUAUAAUUUUUUCUGAUUUAUUCUUUUAUAUUUUCUAAACUUUAAACAAUUGUCGCCUGGCGUUGGGGUUAGAGUUGGGUUUGGGAAGGGAUGUCAUUUC